AUGCCACGAAGUAAGAGGGAGAUCGAGGCCCUACUUUACAAAAUAGACGUUUUGGUCCAACAGAUUGCCGAAACCAUAGAUGAGAGAGCAAAGUUGCGGGAGCUAGGACUAGUGCCUUCUGCCAAUGAGAACGAGGAGUUGAGCAACAUGAUACACAAGACGGUGCAGAGCUUGGAGACAGCACAGGUGGAAGUGGAGCAGCAGAGGGAUGAGAAUCUUCAAUCACAUCUCCGCAGUCUCUCCAACAACUACACAGACGUGCACGCAGCACUUACAGACUCUGGAAUCGAUGCACCAGAGUUCAAGUACGAGACACGCCCACCACCCAGAGCAGCUCCACCUAAAGCAGUUCCACCUAAAGCAGCACCAUCCAAAGCCGUCCGAUUCAAGGACGUGCCAGAUGAAUCUGACACAUCGGAAAUGAUGGGCACACAGCCCUUUCAGCCCUACAGAGAUGACCCAGAAGACUCUUUACAAGAAGAGGUUGACUCCCGAUCAAACCACCAGAUGUUUGCCGAGCAUCAGCAGACAAUGAUGCGCCAGGAUCAAGAUUUGGACUACUUACACCGGCUGAUAAGUAGGCAGCAUCGAAUGGGAAAGGAUAUCGACCAGGAGUUGGACGAGCAGUUGAUAAUCUUGAACGAUUUAGAGCAAGGUGUUGACAAUUCGAGCCACAGAAUACAACGAGCCACCACCAGAUUGAAUAAUUUCAGGCGGAUGGCGAGGGAGAAUGGAAGUCUAACUACAAUCAUAAUUCUAACCGUCAUUUUAAUUCUUUUAUUAGUUGUACUUAAUUAG